AUGUGCUAUGACGAUGUGGCAUGGGAGCUGUCAGAUGACAUCUCGGAUUCUUGGGUGGAGCAAUUUCAUAACAUUGGGGUAAAGAAAGCCAUAGGGUAUUUCAUUCUAAGACAUGAUUCCGGCGACGACCCCAGAUUAAGACUUAUCGGCAAGGGCUCGUUCAACAUUAUAUUGCGGAUGAAGUACACGCAUAAGUCGACCAAUAUACACUUUUCGCAACCAGGGGCUAUCCUUUUUCCAGAAGAAAAGACAAAGAAUAAAAUUACCGUGAUGCGAUAUAUUGCAGAUCAGACAUCAAUCCCGGUACCCUUUGUUCUUCACUCUGGGACACGAGAUGAGAGCCCGCUUAAACUCAGCCCUUUUAUCAUGAUGAGCCAUAUUGAUCACAAGACGAAUAUGUAUGCUGCAUUGAAUGUACCAGGCUGUCCGGUGGAGAAGCGAGGGUAUCUUAAUCCAGACAUUGAUGAAGAUGAUCUCCGGAAGCUCUACGCCGAACUGGCAAAGGUCCUCCUCAAGCUUGCCAAGCCAGAAUUUCCCUCGAUAGGGUCUCUUGUCCAGGUCGACGACUUUACAUGGGAGGUAGCCAGUCGCCCCUUGUCAAUGAAUAUGAACGAGCUUGUUCGUUUAGGGACACUACCGCGAUCAAAGCUUCCACCACUGGAUGCCACGUUCAAGUCUACGUCUUCGUACAUGGAAGCGUUAGCACAGCUCAACAUCCAGCACUUGAUCCAUCAAAGGAACAAUGCAAUAGAGUCCGCAGACGAUUGUCGACGAAAGUACGUUGCACGGCAACUGUUCUACAAGCUUGCCAAGGAAAAGAAACUCUUCAACUCAUGCCAUGAGCACGGGCCAUUCAGACUCUGGUGUGAUGAUCUCCGACCAGGCAAUGUUCUCCUCAACGACGAUAUGCAAGUGACCGGGGUGGUGGACUGGGAGUUUACAUAUGCAGCACCAGUCGAAUUCUCAUAUGCACCGCCAUGCUGGCUUCUUAUUGAGAAUCCAGAUCAGUGGCAUAAUGGUAUGGAGGACUGGACGCGAGUCUUUGAUCGCCGACUCAAGACGUUCCUCUCGGCAAUGCGACAUUGUGAAGAUGCGGAAGAUGUGCACGGCGAGCCCCGGCUGUCAGAUGAAAUGGGAAAGAGUUGGGAGAGCGGCGACUUCUGGGUGGUAUAUGCCAUUUUGCAUAGUUUUGCGUUUGAUGCUAUCUACUGGCUGGAGAUUGACAAACGGUACUUUGGACCCACGGAGACGGACGAGGCAAAUGAAACCCAAAGAGAUGAGAUGGAACAUCUUGUGACGAAGAAGCUUGCCGAGAUGGAGAACAGGGUAUUGGCAUGGGAGCCAGAUGAGUACACUGAAGAAAAUCGCCUAAUGCUGACGAAGAAGAGACAAGAAGAGGUGGUAGAUCCAGCGCCAUGUUGA